AUGGCAGGUGGAGAAAUUCAUGAAGACUACCCAGUAGAAGUUCAUGAGAAUUUAUCAACAUUUGAUGAUUCCAUUGGUGCUGUGAAUGAUAUGCUAAAGACAAUGAUGUCUGUUUCUAGAAAUGAGUUGCUGAAGAAGUUGGACCCACUUGAACAAGCAAAAGUGGAUUUAGUUUCUGCUUACACAUUAAAUUCAGUGUUUUGCGUUUAUUUGGCUACUCUGGGAGUUAAUCCUAUAAAGUAGGAAUUGGAAAGAAUCAGAGUAUACAUGGACAGAAUCCAGGAGACAGCAGACAAGAAGGCUGGCAAGCUGGGUAAAGGUGCGGCUUCAAGAUUUGUGAAAAAUGCACUCUGGGAACCAAAACCCAAAAAUGCAUCAAAAGUUUCCAAUAAAAGAAAAAGUAAAAAUUAA